UUUUUCCCGCAUACAUUUCUGCCGUUUUAGGGCCAUUUGGCCAUACCUUUACUCAUAAUUGACCAAGCCCACUGUUUAUUCAAUAGCCCGUUUGUGCCCUAACACGUUCUGCUCACGCAUCUAAAUACCAGAUGCAAUCCAGCAAACAUUUUCUCAACCAAAAGAGUUGCAGCCAAUAGUCUUAUUUAACCGGGGGCAAAUGGAAGAAGAAUCCGUCCACCUGCUUGCAUUAACUAGUUGCUUCCCUAGAAAUGCAAAGGGCCUGACUGCUCCUUCAUUCCUCUUGGAUCUUCGCUUUCUCCAAUCGAUGUUGCGCUCAAACUCAAAAUAUUUAUCUGCUGUUUGGGGUGGUCGUCCUGUUAUCUAGAGCCUAAACUCCGGCGGUUGUUUCCGAAAUCAUAAAGAAAACACUCCAGACCGAAGAGCGAGCUGCAAAGCGACGGACUAGAACCCUUUGGAAAAACGGACCACACAGGAGAUGCUUAAAAAAUGGAUUUUUGGGGGAAGGCCUGGCAAACUGAAGUUGUCUUGGAAUAAGAAGAUCCCAUAAGCAUGGCAAAGACCAAAGAACCAUGAAUAGAUCUCCAAGGGAACAUGUACAUACAAGCCUUUGUGACUAUUUUCUUCAAUUAACUCCUGCCACAGGAAUAUGUCCUUCUUGCAAAUCUAAGAAUAAUAAAAAUUCCAUUGGAAAAGUGUUAGUAACAGGGAACAAGAUGGAUAAUCUAAUAAAUGAAACAAAUGAAGUAACAGCCACCACUGAAUACGAUUAUAGCAAUGCAGUAACACCAUGCCAUGCACAGGCUGCUGAAAUGUUUGAUUCCAGUGUCCUACCAAUUCUUUAUUCUUUGGUAUUCAUCUUUGGUUUUUUGGGUAACAUGCUAGUUGUACUAAUUCUAAUCAAAUAUAAGAAAUUCAAGAGUAUGACUGAUAUAUACCUAUUAAAUUUAGCCAUCUCUGAUUUGCUUUUCAUUUUCUCAAUCCCAGUUCGGAUUUAUUCUAAGGUAGAUGAGUGGGUAUUUGGAGAUGCAAUGUGCAAAAUUAAUUCUGGAAUCUAUUUUUUAAGCUUCUACAGUGGAAGCUUUUUCAUAAUCCUCUUGACUAUUGAUCGGUAUUUAGCAAUAGUCUAUGCGGUGUUUGCAUUAAAAGCCAGAACAGUAUUCUAUGGCAUCAUCACAAGCAUUAUCACCUGGGGCCUGGCAAUUCUAGCCUCUACACCAGGAAUAGUCUUUUAUGGGGUACAAGAAGAAGAUGAAAAGAAAAGGUGCUUUUUUAAUUUUCCUCCUGAAACUUACAACAGAUGGAACGUGUUCUUUACACUGGAACUGAACUUCUUAGGCUUGAUUUUUCCAAUGAUCGUUAUGAUUUUCUGCUAUGCAUGCAUCAUAAACACUUUGCUGAGAUGCAGAAAUGACAAGAAGAACAAAGCAGUCAAACUUAUUUUUAUCAUAAUGAUUGUUUAUUUCCUUUUCUGGGCCCCAUACAAUAUUGUUCUUCUACUCCAGAUGUUCCAAAAUGAGUUAUCCCUUGAUGGCUGCCCCAAGUUAAGUAGUAUCAAUAUAGCAAUUCAAGUGACCGAAACACUUGCAAUAGCUCAUGGCUGUAUCAAUCCUGUGAUCUAUGCUUUUGCUGGUGAGAAAUUUAGAAAAUACACUAUUACCUUUUUCCGAAAACAUGGUGGUCACCAUCUCUCAAAAUACUGUGUCUUUCUCUAUCGAGAACCUCUGGAACGGGCCAGUUCCACAUACUCUCAUUCUACUGGAGAGCAAGACAUAUCAGCAAUCCUUUAAAGCGUUUUCUUUAGGAAAAAACGGGAGCGAUUUUUAUUUCUGCAUUUUUAUGGAUCUCUGCAAUACAGGUAGUCCUCAACUUAGGACCAGAACUGAGCCCAAAAUUUCUAUUGCUGAGUGAGACAUUUGUUAAGUGUUUUGCCCCAUUCAACAAACUUCCUUGCCACAGUUAAGUAAAUCACUGCAGUUGUUAAGUUAGUAACACAGUUGUUAAGUGCAUCUGGCUUUCUCAUUGAUUUUGCUUGCAAAAGGGGAUAACCCCAGGACAUGCAAUUAUCAUAAACAUGUGUCAGUUGCCAGUUGACCGUGAGGAUGCUACAAUGGUCAUAAGUGUGAAAAAGUCAUGUCACUUUUUUCAGUACCAUUGUAACUUUGAAUGGUCACUAAAUGAACUGUUGUAAGUCAAGGACUACCUGUAUUGGAUUUAAGCAACCCUUCUGAAAGAGUCAAUAUAAGGCAUAAUGAAAAGCCUGGAUAAAGAUUUGUCUUGCUACGUUAAUUCACAAACCAUGCCAUAUAUCAAUGUUCAUAUAAUUUCAGUGGAAUAAUUAAAAAUUUAAUAAGGCAUUUUGCAAUAAGGGAAAGAGCCUUUCUUGGGCAAAGCAUAUUGUAGUUGAUUGCAUUUGAGAUAACUUUCAAGCAUAUUUUGCAGCAGGACAUAUGUUUACUAAUUCUAAUGCAAUAUGAAUGACUAUAUAGAUUAGUUCAAUGACAUUUAACAUGCUUCAGUUCCUUGUAAAAGCAAGAACUUCCUCUUCUCUAAGUUUAUCUUGGCUGCAAUUCUGUCCAUACUUUUCUGAUGGGGAAAGAGCUUCAAGUUAGAAAUUCAAUUAUACAAGGUGGUUUUGUGUUGAUUUUAAAUCAUUAAAUAUUGCUUGCUCAAA